AUGGUAGUUCACAGAAGGCGAAGGCUUCCAAGUGUCUCAGGGACUUCUUUAGUGAAUUACCAGACCCAAAUCCUCGAACAUAUCCUGUCCUUUCUUCCUUUGAAAGAUGCUAUUAAAACGGCCCUUCUUCGAAGAUUUGGUGACCUGUGGCGCGGGAUCCGAGUUCUUGACUUCAAUAGCUGUUACUACCAUUACUAUGAUGGGCCUGACCACGACACGGAUCACUCUAAUGAGAUAUUUACAAAUGUAAUCCGCCGUGUUUUAGACCUCCAUGACAACUCUACACUGGAUAGAGUAAGCCUCAGGUUCUGCUUUCGUCUCACUUACACGAUAGAGGAGCCACAAGAUCCUGAUUCAGCUCAUAUUGUGGAGUGGGAGGAGCGUACAUCAGCUGAAAUCGAGAGGCUGAUUCGCUAUGCUAUUAGUAGAAAAGUCAAAGUUUUGGAACUUGACUUAAAUGGGGACGAGUUUGUGGAGUCCUGGGAUGCCUACUGUCUCCCUGAUGUCUUGAGAAGUGACGACUUAACGUAUCUUAAGCUAGUUGCUUUCGAUAUGACAUCCUGCAAUGGGAUAGAUUUGAUGUCACAAAAAACGUGUUAA